AUGAUUUUCGCGGGCCGGACAGCCCAUGUGUUUCUGUUCACAGCGGCUGCCUUCCAGCAAGGAAAGAUUCCUCCCACCCCUUUCCCUGGAGCGCCACCUCCUGGAGGAGCCAUGAUUCCACCUCCACCUAACAUCACUGGCCCCCCUCGUCCCGGCAUGAUGCCAGCGCCCCCUAUGGGUGGACCUCCCAUGAUGCCCAUGAUGGGCCCUCCUCCCCCUGGCAUGAUGCCUGGUGGGCCAGCACCGGGAAUGCGGCCCCCAAUGGGCGGCCCGAUGCAGAUGAUGCCAGGCCCCCCCAUGAUGAGACCACCCUCACGGCCCAUGAUGGUGCCGUCCAGACCCGGCAUGGUGCGGCCCGACAGAUAAACCCCCCGAGGAGAAGAGACUCUCGCGCCUCUGCCAUGUACAUCCCCUCACCUGGGAGACGGCUCUCCAACCAUCACCCCUUUCAGAUAAUCCAAGGACAGCAGUGUUUUUAAAAUUGAUGUUAUUUUCAUUUUUGUCCCCCACCUCCCCCAAGUCCUGCUCGCUUUGGUCAACACAGUAGAUUCUCCAUGAUUUAAUUCUUGAGACAGCUUACAAUGUUUAAAACAAACGGAUACUUUGGGAAAUUCCAUCAAGUGAUUAAACUUUUCUUGGCUUGAGCUUGUAUAAUAAAUACCCAGAGAACUGUCAGAUACCAGAACCUGAUUACAAUGAGAAUAUAUUUACCUCUGGAGAGUCACAAGUGUGUCAAAGAAAGUUUGUUGUACAGCCAUACGUCUCUACAGCUUCUCUGUGCCAGCAUCUUGUUUUGAGAAUAUUCACAUUGUACAGUUGACAUGCCAUGACUUUUUACAUUUCACCUUUGGAUGCAAAUAUCAGCCAGUAAAACCAUCCCUUACGAUUAGUAGUUUUUUGCCAUUAACAUUUAAACAUUUUAAAGGUUUAAGUGGUUGGGUUUGUUUUUAUUUGUAUUUUACAGCGUCUUCUGGGUUGUUUUCCCCCCAGUCUUGAAGCUACGCUAAGGCUUCUGCUGUGAGGAUUCUCUAGAACUUGUCUUUUCAUGUAUGUUUUGAGAAAUAAAAUUCCAGAAAUGAA